AUGGAUGGCCCAAGUCUUCCGUCCAUCGAGGAAAUCCUCGCAUCAACCCAAAUCCUCAGCGCUCCUGAUUCUAUAACCACUGUCGUCAAAGUCAGAGAGCGAUUCGCCGUCAAAUAUGGCCGUCUUGUGGCCAAGGUCGAGGCGGAGAACUUGGUAUUGCUCGCAAAUACCGACGUACCUGCGCCCAGGAGGCACGGCUUCAUCGCCGACCCCGAGACCAACAGGUCAUUCCUCAUCAUGGAAUUCAUCGAAGGCGACAAUCUCGAGCAGAUCUUGCCGUCGCUGAACCUGGUGGAGAGAAAUAUUGUCUUCAAACAGGUUCAGGAUGCCCUCACUUGCUUGCGCAACCUCGAGCCUCCGGACUACAUCGGCUCUGUCAGCAGGAAGCCUCUCAAUGAUGGCAUCUUCUACACUGAACCAGUCGAUCCCAAGCAGUCGGGACCGUUCGCCAACCAAGAGGAGAUGAACAAGGGCAUGCUGUUACGUCUUUCUGAGACUUGCGUGCCUUCGCAUGUCCAGUUUCUGCGCAGCCUCAUCGAGUCCACGCUACAAGGCCACAAGACGGUUUUCACUCACGCGGACUUGCAGCUGAAGAACAUCAUGGUGCACAGGGUGGGCUCGAAGGAAGAUGGAAGUGCGGGCGUCUUCGAGGUCAAGAUCAUCGACUGGGAAAUGUCGGGGUGGUAUCCGGAGUAUUGGGAGUUCUGCAAUGCCACUGUCUGGGAUGGCUUGAAGCCCGACUGGCUCGAUGCCGUGCAGGAGAUGAUGGUCGGGUAUUCGAAGGAAUACCUAAUGCUGAAGUUGAUACGCAGUAUUGUGUUUCAGCUGGGCUAA